AUGAUUGCACAGUUGUCAAUCUAUCCUUGGGAAAGUGCGAUGAUGAGCGCCGAGAUGUGUCUUCUUGCUACGCGACAAGCUGCUCGAGCCAUUGGACGAGAUUUUGGAGAGGAAUUUCGAAGUGCUUCGCAAUUUCAAGCAAAAGUUGAGAAGCUUGCCAGAAGACAUCACCGUGCUCAACUCGUGCUCAAUAACGGCGGUGAUUUCGUCGUUGUCAAGCUUCAUUGUAGCCGUCCUCCAGUUAUUGUGCCAAUCGCAUCGAAAGAUAAACUUGACGAGUUCAUCAAAGACAUGACAACAAUCAUGCGAGAUAACGAUACGACCGGUAAUUUGGCAAAAAGUCACCACCGACAGCAAGAGCUUUCGAUAAUACCCUGGGAGAGUCUUCCGAUCUUUGAAAAGAAUCCCUACAUUGGACGAUUCGGCUCGGUUCACAAGUUAUUGGAAAUUUUCGAGAAGAAAAACUACUCGAUUCCACGCCCGAUUAAUCCGGCAAGAGGAGUGUUCAUCUGCGAUCCAGACAACAAUCUCGACGAUACGAAAAACGAAUGUGUGACCACAUGGCAAAACUCGGAUGGACAGGGAUCGUUGGACGUGUACCAGAGCCCGAGAACUUCAAGAAAAUGCUGUCGGCCAAUGACAUUUAUGUUUACUUCGGUCAUGGAUCUGGAUCAAAAUAUUUUGGACGGACGGCCGUGCGAAAAAGUGGAUGUCAAGCUGUGGGAUUUCUUAUGGGGUGUUCAAGUGUUGCAAUUACACCCGGAAGGCCCAGGACUAGAUGGACGAUCUUCAAUUUACCGACUACUUCAUUGCGCCGAUAGUCCCUGCGUUGUCGGAUGCUUGUGGAUGAUUGCGCAUGUUGAGGGAUGGAAUGGCGUUCGCACG